AUGGCCUGGACUGAAAUGCUACUGAGGCAGGGUGAGGCACAGGUCUGUGUUGCUGGGUGGGCCCUGGGUUUUGCAGGGUGUCUGGCUGGUGUCCGUGGUGAUGUCUGGGCCCUAGUGGACUGGAGGCAGCUGGUGGUUGUUGAAGUGCCAGCUGGGAUGCUUGGUGUAAGAACAGAUGUUAAAAUGUACACCUCAGGACUUAAUCAUAACAAGAUUUAUAAGCCUUCAGAGAAAAUAAAACAGGGAUGACGGUACUCUGCCAGGAAGCAAACUAGUCUCAUGACAGAAAGAAAUCAAUUCCUAGCUGAAAAUAAGAGUACAAGGAAGAUUAAAAAUUGUUCUGGUAACUUUUCUUUCAGCAUUCCUCUGCUUCCAGCACAGGCUGCAUCUUCCUUCCCCAACAACAAACAUCCACGGUCACCUGUGACUAGUGUUGGUGCCUCAGUAGAUGCAAGUUCUACUGUACUGGAAAUAAAGUUUAAAGCAUUGAAAAAGAAAGCAGAGGAGGGAACUGACAGAUUCCAUAUGCAUCUGAAAAGAGAGGAGUUAGAUACGUCAGAGAUUAUGGUGCUGAAAAACAAACCAGUUAAGAACAGCCAACAGGGUGCUGCUGAGCUCACCAAAGAAGAAUACCAGUUCAUACCUUCAUAUUUGGCUGGUGUAACUAAAACUGAUCAGUUUAACAAGUUCCUACAUUUCCAGAAGGAGUUCAUAGCGAAGCAUGAAUCGUUACCGAAUGAUUUUACAGGAAAAAAAAAAAAAAAUAUCAGAACAGCAGAGCUUCAGAAAAUCUGUGGCUGUUCCCCUCAAUUGCAAGAGAGACUACAGGUAGUUGAGGAAGUUUUUGAAGAUAUAUGCAACAGUUCUCUGAUAUUUGGUGAUAUUCUAAAGGAAAUUAAGAAUUAUUCCAAAGAUUUAGCACAACAUAAGCUGAAUGUACCUGAUCAGGCUCUAAAGGCUCAGGUCAAAGGGAUGGAAACAGUGCCCUCAAGGGCUCCAGAAACAGUCUGUCAGGAAAUACCUGCAGCUUCUCAUGAAAAAAAAACCUGCAGACGACAGGAGAAAAAGGGAGCACACAAACCUCUUUCUGUUUCUGAACAGCAUGAAUCUAUGAGGUGUAAAAUUCUCAGUAGAUGGGAGGAAAUGACAAUACUAGACGAGAAGAAAGAAACAAUGGUUUAUGUUGGGAUAACAGAUAUUAUGGAAAACACCCUUAAAUAG